CAGAGAAACUCCUACCACGUCCGCCGAGGCAUUCAGAGGAGGGGGGAGAUUCUGCAGCAGGCGGACGAACUUGGACGGUGUUCACCAUCGACAAAGACACACGCUGAGAGUCGGUGGCCUGACUCUCAUGUGGCGUUACACUGUGGCGUUACACUGUGGUGUUACACUGAGACCAAUAGGUGGCCUCCUUGCCAUAGAGCUCUGCUGCCUGAGCUGAGGGGGAUGCUCUCUCUCUCCCACACGGCAUGUGCCUGCAGGGUAACUGUUUAAAUCAAUUUUGUUGUAGACCUCAGUGAAAUGAGAAAACAGGCGUAUGCGGACGUGGCGGCAUGAUUUUGGGAGACGUUGAUGUCGUGAAACUAAAGGCCAAUUUAACCGUGGACAAGUUUCCUGGACGAGUUUCAAAAUAUAAAACGUAGUUGUUUUAAUAGUGACAAUAAUUUGGGCAAAAAAAAAAGAGAAACUUAAUGUCCCCAGAGGAGAAAGUCACAUCCUCAUGUGUCUGGUUAUGUGUCUGUGAGUCACACAUGAGGAUGAUGGGACAGGAGCCGUCGUGUUUGGCUCGAGAGAAACUACUGUAUCUGCAAAGUUACCGCGGCGGCUGCUCGCGGGGUUUCCGCUGAAAUUGCGUGUACCCCGCGUCGUCUCAAUUUACGGCAGAGAGAGGCGUCUGCCGUCACGCUGCAGCACUGUAAACAAUACGCGUGGUGUAACGGCUGGAAACAAAUUUAAUCAUGUCAUGCUUUGUUUAUUGAAUUUGACACUUGGAUGAUUGUUUUUGCUCCAAAGCCGUCUUGUCUUUGGCGGUUUGUGGCGUCUACACACCAAUUUCUACCCGAGAAAGAAAGUGCAGUUGGUGAGAAUGUCGUGAGACAUCAAUAAACAACUGCCCAUCAACACUCUUCACUUUUAUUCAAUGACAUUUAUUUAAUAGUUGACUUAAUACACUCCGUGUCAUGUCAGAGAAGCAUAUGAGGACAGAAGAAAUCAAAGAUGGUGGACGUGUGUUACUAGAAGAGGCAGUUUGGUUUGGCCUGAACUUGGUUUGGGAUUUUGGGAAGUAGAAUUUGAUCUGCAUCUAAAUCAUAAAGACACGCAGUGUGCUUAGGCUAAUAACACAAAACAAUUAUAAUCCUGUUUAGAACAGGCGAACCCUUGGAUUUAAUAGCUGGUCGAACCUCCUUUGUCCUCAAACAAGCAACUUUGUGUAUCUGUGGGUCAGACCUGCUUCAGCUCAGACACCUUCUUAGAUUUUCCGGUGUAAACGACUCUCUUGAGCUCAUUCCGCAGCAUCGUUAUUAUGGGAUUCAUUUCAUUGGCUUGAUUCCAGAUUUGCUACUGACUCCGUAUAGUUUUCGCACACAUAAACUCCGACCUUGCUCUGAUCAUAUUUAUACAAAACUGAAAGUAUUUCCAAACGGUUCUUUUACUUUUUCUGGCACCUAAUGCAGAUCAUUUUAUUGGGGGGGUUAUUAAAAAUUGACUUGACUGUCGCUUAAAGCAUCUCGCAAGAGAAUAAUAGAUAUAUAAAAUGGAGAUUCUCUGUGUAAAUUGUGAGGAGUUAUCGGCAAAAUCGAGAAAAAACAUGACUGGUGUGACAAAUGGCAGGAAUAUUGAUGCUGUGAAUAUUUUUCUGCUCACAAAAAGCACUCGCACAGAAACAGGUGUCUCCGCUGAAAAGGAGGCGUCAUUUUUCUUCUGGAAAUGGAGAUGUUGCUGUGAGAGCUCGUGUCUAACAAUAGAAUGAAAUGAAAUGAAUCAGACUAACACAGUGUGAGAAAAUAGCUCCUCCACUCUUCUGAAAGUGCCGAUAAGAGCGGGGCGCGUUUCGUAAGCGGCCCGUUUGGAUGCGCGUCGCGUUGAGAAUGGUCUCUGCGUGUGUGUGUGUGUGUGUGUGUGUGUCUUUUUUAGCCUCAUCAUCCAACCUCAUUACGGAUCCGUCUCAUUUGGCCAGUGCUCUCUCGGCUCUCGUCUCACCGUAGCAGAUGGUAAAAAACAAAAAAUCCUCCCCUCAACACCGUCAGAAUGUAAAGUGGACCUGCGAAGAGGCUUGUGUGUCGGCACGUGGCCUUGGUGGUGUGUGGCUCAGACAGCUGAUGUAAUUAAGUAUUCUCAUUUUGAAGUCUGCCUCUCUCUGUCUCCCCCACGGCCCCCUGGUCUCCAGCCACAGCUCAUUCAGCCGUGUAAUCACCUAUGACACACACACACACAAACACACACGCACACACACCCACACACACACUCUGCAGUGAUAUCACUGAUUCAUUUGUCAUGAAUGUUCAGGUCAGGGGCUCUGGCGGUGUGUCGCCUCACAGCAAGAAGGUUCUUGGUUCAAAUCCAGGUUCAGACCGUCCAGGGCCUUUCUGAAGUCUGCAUGUUCUCCCCGUGUCUGCGUGGGUUUUCUCAGGGUUCUCCGGCUUCCUCCCACAAUCCAAAGACAAUGCAGAAUGGGGUGAGGUGGAUUAGAGAUUCUAAAUUGACCAUAGGUGUGAGUGUGAGAGUGAAUGGUUGUUUGUCUCUGUAUGUUUGCCCCGUGGCAACCUGUCCAGGGUGAACCCCGCCUCUCGCCCCCCUGAUUGGCUCCAGCCCGCCCCCUGCAACCCCCCUAAUGCAUAAAGCGGUAUAGAUAAUGGAUGAAUGUUCAGAGCAGGAACAACAAUUCCACUCACUUGGCCUGAGGUUCCUUCUCAGUAAUUUGUUAUUCUGCAAAGGCCAGUAGCAUUCUGUCUUAUUUUCUUGGCUCAUUUUUCUGCGUGAAAUGUAAACAAAAUGAAAAAGUAUUUCCAGCAGCAAGUUUGACAAAAACUGGAAAAAAAUAGAAAGGAAAUUGGGAGUAUGGAGGAAAGUCUGCUGCUGGUGGACGAGAUGGGUCAGGAAAAGAGCCAUCGUCUUCUCCUGAGUUACACGUCGAAAACAUGCUGUUCAGCGUGACUAAUGCGACUGUACAUUUCACAGGCUCUAGUGUCCAACCCAUUUAUAUUAGUGGCGGUUGGCCAAACAACAAACAUCUCUCUGUGUGGUGCAGUGCUACUCGACUCAGCCUUAAAAAAUGAUCAUACGGUCUGAAUCAACGAUUACAUCACGAGAGGCAGGAUUUAUUCCUGGGCUGUUGCAUUAGUCUCAACCAGGUGUACCUAAUAAACUGGCAAGUGGGAGUGUAUAUGCCUUGUAUGGAACAUUGUACCAGAGUGAGACACUUGGUAUUAGGUUAUAGAGCUCAAAAGAUUCAUCGUAUGGCUGAUAAAAAUCGUCUAUUAGACUUUCACAGACGUACUGGAUUCGGCAUUUAUGUUUGCUUUUAUGAAAACGUUUAUUUUACAGAAUAAACAAUGCAGAAGAGAUGUACAUUUAUGUUUCCAUUUUAAGUCAAAAGACUUCAAUUUUCUUAUUUCAAGUUAAAUACUUUUUUAUUUGUAAAAAUAGUACUGUUAAAAUAUCAAGCCUCAAUUACAUUUCGGUUUCACCAAAACCACCAAAUAUUUUAUAGUUUAUAUAUUUAGGCCUGCUGACAUAUUGGCGCCGGCCCCCAAAAAUCCAUAUCGGUCGUGUUUUGUGUCAUAUUAAGUGGCUCCAGCGUUUCUCCCUCCCUGAAUCUCUGCAUACACAGAAUGACCUUCUCCUGCUCGUGUGUAGGAAUGUGCCAGAAAGUAUCUGUUAUCACAUUGACACAACGCUGCAGAUGUGGAACUCUGCAGCCUGCAGCCUGCAGCAGCAUCCUCACUGUCAUAACACAAAGACUGACUUUUGUGACUCGCUUGGCACUAGAGGUAAAGUGGAUAAGACCCGGCAGAGGGACUUCAUCCCCGCUCCGACACUCUCAUUACAGACCUAUUGUUGACCUGUGUGGAUCAGAUUCGUAGGUUGUUCUGCGCCAGUCACUCGGUGAGGAGGGGAGACCUGAAAAAAACAGAAGCUUUCCGAACAACUUGGUUUUUCCCCUCGUUGUGAGCCAAUAACGAAACAAGUGGAAAACAAAACAGUGCACGCAGCAGGUCGCGCAGAUGCUGUUACUCCACGUGUUGCGGAUUAAGGUCUCGCCACCCGCCGGCACGUUCGGGGUGAAUUCAGUAGAUCAUCCGUCCGUGUCAGUGCAGCAUCUAUUUCCUACAAGCUGUCACGCGGUUUCCCCGGUGAGACAUUUCCCCGCUCACCACCACCUGCCCUCCGUGUUAUUGACGCUUUUGUGACCGACUCUUGUGCUUCGCUCGAGCGUCUCCAUUUUGUGCCACUGACUGUGUACUUUAUUUUUACUCUGAGCACUUUUCACAGUACUUACUUGACAGCUAUUACUUUUUUAAAUUGAGAUUUAACAUAAAAAAAAACUUGUAAUACUCAAAGAAAAUACAGAUUAAAGCAUAGAAUUCCAAUAAUUUUCUCUUGUGACACCCUAACAAAAGAAAAAUGUUGUUUAGUUGGUUCCUCGUUUCAGGUGUCAGUGACUUGUUAGGAAAGAGACUGAAGAUGGCUUCAUUUAAUUUACAGUCUAUAUCCAAACAGGGAGCUCCGGUUGUUGUUCUCCUCCAUGAGCUGUCGGAGUAUGAAGGGGAUUGGAGUAUCCUCCCUGCGCUUCCUCGUCUGUCUGCCACUUACGGCCAAUCGGCAGCCUGGUUUUUCUUCGUAGAGGAGGAAACCAGAGUGACACUGGCUGCUCUGCUGCAGGUCCUCCACAGGUACCGGGUCUCCGAGGAAUGGUUUUUGGGUAAACGUCUCCACGACAACGAGGCCUCCAUCAUCCACCAUUAUGCGUUCUCUGAAGACCCCAGUUCCUUUGGUUACCCUGACCCUGCAGCCGGAUGGGCUCUCAGCACGCCCCUGCUCCAGAGACUCGCUGAGCGGAUCCAACGCGAGAAUCUGAAGUCGGAUUUUACCAUCGACUUAAAACACGAGAUCGCUCUGUAUAUUUGGGAGGAAGGAAAUGGACCAAAGCUGACGGCAGUUCCAGAGUUUUGCACAGAGCCAAGAGACAACUGUGCUACCACGUUUACAACCUACCUGCCCAACUGUGGAGAUCCUGUGUCCAAGAAAGACGUUUUUGUCGCUGUGAAAACUUGUCAGAAAUUCCACUCGGAGCGAGUGCCAGUGGUGAAGGCAACCUGGGAGAAAGACGCUGGGUUUUUGGAGUAUUACAGCGACGUGACGGAUGCCUCCAUACCCACGAUCAGCCUGGGAGUGGCCAAUACGGAGAGAGGGCAUUGUGGGAAGACAUUCGCCAUCUUGAGGCGGUUCCUCAGUAAAGCUGUGCCGAAGGCUGAUUGGCUUCUCAUUGUUGAUGAUGACACACUCAUCAGUUUACCCAGGUUGCGACGACUGCUGCGUUGCUAUGACCCAAAGGAGGCGGUGAGCCUUGGGGAGAGAUAUGGCUACAGCUUGGUUCUGAAUGGAUACAGCUACGCCACAGGAGGAGGAGGGAUGGUGCUCAGUCGGGUGGCGGUCUCCAGGCUAAUGUCCAGUGGUUGUAGGUGCUACAGUGAUGAUGCUCCUGACGACAUGGUGCUGGGCAGAUGCUUCACUUCGCUCGGUGUCCCCAUCACACACAGUCCGCUGUUCCACCAGGCCCGACCAGAUGACUACAACGAGACAUUGAUCUCCCUGCAGCAGGCCAUCUCCUUCCACAAGCACUGGAACAUAGAUCCUGUGGCCGUCUACAGACACUGGCUGCGGGACAAAGACCUGCGUGACGAACUGUAGAAACACGGUGCCUGAACAGUAUGUAUUAAAAUACUGUAGGACCCAAAACCACAGCUUAAGACGAGCAAAGUCACUGCGGCCUCUGGGGUAGAGAUAACUUCAUUAAUCAAUAUUUUUCUUAUUAGCAUCAAAUGUGUGUCACGUGAAAUGGGUUGCAGAGUAUUAUUGAAUUAUACUGUGACAGAGUUUCUUUUAGACUGAUUUAGCUCCUCAUCUCUGUUUUAAAAAAAACUGCACAACCAGGGCAAAAACAUCCUACGUGGAUGUUAAUAUUUCCCAGCCUCUGCUGGAUGUGUAAGGAGGUAAAUACUAACACGUUUGCCGUGAUAUCUUUAUAAGCCACCGAUAUGAGGACGGCUGUGUCUUUCGGCUUGUUUUUUCGAAUGCCUCAAAAGUAGUAAUGAAUGCAGCGACAGUACAACUAUACAUUUUCAAAAUUGGCAGUUACAUCAGCUACUGAAAUCCAAACUUUUACCGAACACAGAUUUACUUCGGAAGUUGGAGGAUUUACUGUCGACGUUACAAGCGUUUGUUUUUUUCUGCUUAGCAUCUGUUAGAAGGAUUUGAUCUGAUGGAACAUUAAGCUACGCUGAUCCCCACUGGUUUUGUGGCUGAACAUUUGAGUGUCACUGCUGCCACUUUACCACCAAACUAAAAUUUUGACAAACCAUGAGCUCGGGCCAUACGUCCAUACAUACACAGAUGUUUUUUGUUUUUUUUAAAGCUGAGAAUUAAUAAAACCACACUGUGAAGUGCUGUCAAGCGCAAGCCCAAACCAACAGGUGGCAAUAUAUCACUAACUGUAAAGCCCUGUUGGCCAAUCACAGGGCCUGAAAAACAGUUAAUCCGGGUUCUGGUAGAUUAACAGUGACAUCUGAACAUCUUCACCAUGGAAUGAGUUAACAAAUUGUCCUUUUUCAGUUACUUUAAAUUCAGUUGUCACGUGGCCAUAAAGCCAAAAGCUAUUCAUAAAAAAAUGUGUGGACGAGGCCUAAGAUGUUUAAUUUAUUGAAGAAUGAUGUAUUUAUUGUAAUGUUGAUAUGCUCAGUGUUGGAGCGAGGAGGGUUGAAAUGUGAAUGAUCCGUAUUGUACAGAUUUUGACAGACCCAGGUAAGUCGUUUGUAGUUGCUGUGAAAAAAUUGCUGCUAAAAUUAACCCAUUUUCAUGUCGGUCACAUAAUAACAUGAACAUUGGGAGAUAUGAUUAUCGUGCACUAAGUAGACCUUUUCCAAAAUAGUCAAACUGAUCCUAUUUUUUUUUCUACAUUAAAUUUUGUUUGUAUAUGAAA